AUGAUCUCCGGCGACACUUCUUUCUAUUACCCUUUCGUUACUGCUGUAAUUUAUUAUAUAACUGUUUUUACUAUCGCCGAAAUCGCUAGAAAGGUGCUCGACAAGUUUGUCCAUAAGUCUUCCUCAUUAUACGUCUUUGCUAUCGAACUGAUCGCAACUGCUCAAAUGUGUACAUGCGUCUAUGAAAAUAGCGUCAUGGUGAAAUACUAUGGUCCAAUGGCGUUUUUCUUCACGGUGACAUCGUUACUGACAGUUGGAUCAUUCAUGAAUCGAGGGGCGUUUGUCAGUCCACUGGCUCCGAUCGAAGCCUUCCUCUACGGAAUUAUUGGGCUGGUUCUUUUUUGUUCAUUUCUACAUCCAUAUCAUAAUGGUUGCACUCUAAACCCCACACGACUGCUGGUCCUAUUAUCAGCCGAGGCUAUCGGUGGCUACAGUGCUUUCCGCUUAGCACGAACUCUUUGGUAUCACACUUUGUCCUAUUCCACAGUUCAUUUCGAAAACUUUACCAACUCUGCUUGCUCUCUCAAUUACAAGAUUGCAUUUCCUCUAGUGAUUUGCUUCGAAAUUAUCGGAUGCUUUCUACUUCGUAUUAUUCUGCCCAAUUUACCGCUUCGGGGAAAGUCCUAUACCGUCUCCGCAGUGGUCGCUGCUUUCCUUUCAUUUGCCCUAAUUUACGUUGGAGUUCCGGGUCUUAAUCCUGUGGUGGCGUCAUCACGAUUGUUUGGAUGUGAAGGGCUCGAUACCCAAUGGUUCAUCGCUGUCUACUGGAUAUGUCCUGUUUUCGGAUGGAUGGCUGCUGCCGCUCUGGAGAAGUCGAUGGUGAAGAAAGCGCCGAAAAAAUUGAAAAAGAAGAGCAACUGA